CUGCUCGCGCGCGCGCCACCCGAAGACUGCACGAUGUCCUCGAGGCCGGUGUUGUUGUUGUUGUCGCUGGUGGUUGUCGCGGCGGACGACCCGCUGGCGGCGCUGGCGGACUGCGGCCGCGCCGACGGGCCCUGGGGCUGCCUGAAGGCGCGCGCCAUCGACCUCCUGGACCGCGCCGAGCGGCCAGACGUGCUGCGGCUGGCGGACGGGCUGGCGCUGGUGCGGCGCGAGAAGGAGGGGUCGUCGUCGACGUCGUCGACGACUCCCCGGGAGUCGCCGCUGCCCGCCGUCGACGUGCGAGCCGCCGGGGACGACGAGCUGGACCGCGCCUUGGCGUCGCGGCUGUCGCGCUUCCUGGGCGGCCACGCCGUGCAGCUGUCGCUGCCGCAGCUGGACCAGCUGCAGCUGCAGAGGAGCCUGGAGGAAGGUCGUGGCAAGAUGAAGAAAAUGAUGGGCCAAAUGAUGAUGAUGAUGGGCAUGAAGAUGAUGAUGUUCGGCGUGCUCGGCAUCGCCGGACUCUUCCUGCUGGCGGGCAAGGCGCUCAUCGUCAGCAAGAUAGCGCUCUUGCUGUCCGGCAUCCUGGCGCUCAAGAAGCUGGUGUCGCAGCACCAGGAGCAGCACCACGAGCACCACGAGAUGCCGCACGGCGGCGGCUGGGGGCGGCGCUCCUUCCGCGGGCCGGAGGCGGCGGCGGCGGCCCAGAGGCUGGCCUACAGCGCGCAGCGGCCCUCCUCCAACGACGUCUGAGCGCUCGUGCGACCUCGGCUCGAGUGGCCGUCCGUCCUUCACAGGGCGAUCACCUGUUGGAUCUAUAGCCCACCCAUCCUUAGCUGAGACAUGUUCUGUCGCAGCUAUACCCCGGUUGUCCUUAGCUGGAUGCUCGCCAAUCUACACACCGUCCGUCCUUAACAGGGCGAUCACCUGUUGGAUCUGUAGCCCACCCAUCCUUAGCUGGGACAUGUUCUGUCGUAGCUAUACCCCGGUUGUUCUGAGCUGGAUGCUCGCCAAUCUACACACCGUCCGUCCUUCACAGGGCGAUCACCUGUUGGAUCUAUAGCCCACCCAUCCUUAGCUGAGACAUGUUCUAUCACAGCUAUACCCCGGUUGUCCUGAGCUGGAUUCUCGCCAAUCUACACACCGCCCUUCAUUGACAGUGCGAUCCCCUGCUGGUUCUAUAACCCGCCAAUCCUUAGCUGAGACCUUUUCUGUCACAGCUAUUAACCGUCUGACCUUAGCUGGACGCCCGCCAAUCUAUACCCUGCCCAUCAUUACAUGAUAUUCACCUUUUUGAUCUAUACCUUGCCUUUCAUCUGAUUUUUCACCUGUUGCAGCUAUAGCCCAUCCAUCCUUAGCUCGAGUAAUGUUCCGUCACGUCCAUUCUUAGCUGAGUUCCUGCUUAAAUAUGUACGGUGGGAAAAUUCCUGUUAUUUUACUGACCAAAGGGAAAUGUUAUUUUAGUUAUAAAACCUGCGCACAGUAUUAAUAUUAUUUCAGAAUUUUACCAAAUAGUGUAAAGUACUGUUGCCCUUGCAAAAAAUUUCAGCAACUUUAAAUGAUUAAAAAAAUGUAAUGUCAACCAUUUUAAAUCGAAAAAUUUUAUUUUUGAAUUUGAUAAAUUUCAUCAGCAAAAAUUAAAUAGUAUGUACAACACGUUUUGUAGAACAAUCUUUUCUAGGAAGAUUCUUUAUCCUUAUGAACCAUAUCAAAAAUCAUUUUUUAACUUGUAAGAAAAUCAUUAAAAAAAAGUAUUUUUUGUUUCAAUGUACCAAAACUAUUUGAUAAGGAGAGCUAAAAAAAUUAUGUCAAAUUCGUUGUGUUUUUUUUUUGUGUAGUAAGUAGUUCGUUGAACUUGAUGAUGCUUGUUCGUAAAUAACAGAAAUCUUUUGUUUAUCCUGUGUUGUGUUCGUGUUAUUUAUUUUAAUAAAUUAAAGGCUUGAUUUUUCAAUUGA